CAGUGGGCGCUCCUUGCGGCGUUGGCAACGCUGGCCAGGCCCGUCGUCAGAAUGAGCGUUCACAUCCCACGGCCAUGGUCGCAAGUUUCUGGUCGCAGCGGCGAAUCCCCUCAGCACGGACGUGAUGACUGAGCAACGAGACCAAAUCUUGGCCGAUUUUCAGGCCUGCACCGGACUUGAAGAUGUGGGGGAGUGUUUCAUGUUCCUGGAGCAGGCCAACUGGAACCUUCUGGACGCGGUACACAACGCACUGCCUCGGGAAACACAGUCACUGCCAUCGGAAGAGGACUCUGUCCAGCGAAUCCAGCUCAUCUACCGGGACCGGGCGGUGGCCCUGACGCUUCCGCGACAGGGGCUCACAUGCGGUGAUGUGCGGCAAUUGAUUGCACAGGAAACGUGCGUCCCACCAUGUCGCCAGUCGCUGAUGGGAUGGGACCACGUCACAGAUGAGACACCCUUCGUGGCUUCGGAGCUGGCGCCUGGUGGUAGCAUUAUGCUAAGGAGCAGCCAGUCGUAUGGAGAGACUGUACCUAGCAGAGGAGGAAGCCAAGUAACACUUCGCAUCCGAGACGAGACCUCUGGAAAGGAAUACUCUAUAUCCUUCCCUGGCUCCAAAACCAUUCUAGAGCUGAAACAAGAUGUGAGCGACCUGACAUCCAUACCUGUGCGUCAUCAACGAUGGAUAGGUUGGCUGUCACCAACGCAACCACCGGAUGAGAUGGCACUGUCCCUGGCCAUUGGUAACGCUAACGAACAUCGGCUGACCGUGGCGAAUGUCGGGGGCACCAGUUCGUCAGCGGCAGAGUUGCUGUCGAGUGAUAGCAGUAAUGCGGACGAGUUCGAGGAUGCCAAUGAGUGCCUGAUUACGUCUGAAAGCAGCAACACUGCUUUAGCACCUCUGAUGCCCGAAGGCCUGGAGGAUGAGGCAGAAGCUGUGGAACAUUUUUCCCGGGCAUUUGCGAGACGGUACGGGGACUGCUGUCCGCCCUUCUUUCAGGGAACACUAGCACAGGCCAUCGAGGCGUCCUGCUUCAAGCCCAUUCGGGAGCGGAGGCCGUUGGUGCUGUACCUGCACCAGGAGCAGGGCGCAGGUUCUUUUUGCGGUCAGCUGCUCUGCUCGGAAGCGGUUAUCUCUUACCUGACGCUAAACUUCAUCCUCUGGCCGUGGGACCUGACGUUACCCUCCAAUCGAGACAGGUUCCUGGAGUCGAUCAGCCGGUCGCUAGGGGUCAGUGCGGUCAGUGCGGUCCGCAGCAGUGCACUCGACUGCCUUCCAGCACUAGUGGUGCUGUCACGGGUGCGGGGAUCACUCGAAGUGCUCUCCUUGAUCCCUGGCAGUGUGGAGCUCGACGACCUCAUGACAAGGCUCAUGCAAGUUGUUGAAGUAUUCAGCAGCGAAAUGGCCAGUGAAAGCAAAGAAGAGGAAGAGCGGGAAGCCCGAGACAAGGUGCGGAGGGAACAGGACGCGGCUUACCAGGCUUCUCUUGAAGCUGACCAGGAGAAGGAUAAGCAACGACAGAGGCUGGAGCAGGCUCAGCUGGAGAAGGAAACCGAAGAAGAACGGCAGAGGGCGCUGCAGCGGGACGAGAAGUUGCACCAGGAGGAGCUCCAAAAGGCAUUGCUGGAGUCCCUAGCAGCGCUCGUGCCUGCCGAGCCACCCGAGAACGGGUGCAACAACGAGCCCGUCACCCACCUGCGGGUGCGGCUACCCUCGGGCGAGGUGCUGACGCGGCGCUUUCUGGCCAACUCUCCACUCAGCCAGCUGAUGCUGUACGUGGCCUCGUGCGGCUACCCUUCGCAGCGCUAUCGCCUGCUCGCCUCAUGGCCCCGACGAGACCUGUCGGAAGUCGAUGGCGAGAAGACGUUGAAGGAACUCCAGCUUUUCCCGAAAGAGACGCUGACACUUGAAGAACGGCCCUCUGUGAGCCUCGAUUGAAAUAAAUUAAACACAUUACAGCACCUGUCA